ACAAUUUACCCCAUUAAUGAGAUCAAUAUGAACCCUUGGAUAAGAAUUCUAUGGGAUAUAACGUGAGCCGUCAGAUCAUUAGAAGAAAAAUGAUCAAUAUUUACAAGAAUGUCAUUAAUGAAACUCACCCUUAAGCCGCCAGAUCUUACGUCUUUGUUUUAAUCUUGGCCUUCGGAUCUCACAUCCAAACCCUUCUCUCUCGCCUGGGUCCCACAGAUGCAUUAAUCAUUCUUCUUCUUCUUCAUUUCUCCUACAACCAUACUCAACUACCACGAAAAUUCAUUCUCCUCACCAACAAAAGCUUUCUUCUUCAACUCUUCAUCCACAAACCUUCACCUCUGUUUCUUGGGGUCUUUCGACAGGUUAGGACGCUGUGAAACAGGUCAUGUACAUCGUCCUUAGUUCUGAAAUCGGUUGAUAAGUUCAUUUUCAGGAACUAAGGAUAGUAAUGGGUCUGUGGUGAUACAUUUUGAACAUGGUGAAGAGCAACAUAUGUCUACACUAGUUAUGAAAGGAAGAUAUGAGGAGAUUACUUAUUCUUAGUUGGUUGAUAGAAUAACCAAGAAAAUGAAGACCGAUGUAGUUGGGACGAAGCUUCAAUUGAGUUACUUUCCGCUGGUAUUAAAUAAUAAGAGGCCUUGUUAUAUCUUGGAUGAUGAAGAUUUUUUAGGAUAUUUAAUGAAGGGGGAUAAGAAAAACCGACGUAGUGUCUUGCAUGUGGAGCUUAAGGAAAUCGUCUCAGAAAAUCAGAGUAAUGAGAUGUUUUCUAUGAAUGAGGAAAAUCUGAGUGAUGCCAGAGAUAAUGAUGGCAUGGUUGGAGUUGGAGAGUUAGAAAUUAUUCCUCAAAUUCAGGAGGAUGAGUUUGAGCAUGAGAAAAUCAGUGAAGAGGGUGAUGAAAUGGAUGAUAGGGAGGAGUUGCCGACUAGAGAAGAACUGAGGGAUUUAGUGGACAAAGGUGUGCAUUCCAAUUGUUUUGAGGUUGAUAUAAAGAAGUCGAAUCCUCGGGUUUACAUAUUGAAAUGUCGUGGUGCUGGAUGCAGAUGGUAUUUACGAGCUGCAAAGCUGAAGAACUCUGUUUUUUUCUCUAUCAGAACGUAUAGAAAGAUGCAUACGUGCUCUCGUGGAGAUGCAAGUGUCAUGAAGAAGAAGAAAAGAGGCACACCAAGCUUGGUCGCAUCAGUGGUGCACUCUGAUUAUCCCGGCAAAUACAAGACUCUGGAUCCAAAGACUCUCAUAGAUUUGGUGCAUAACAGACUGGGUGUUAAGGUUUCAUAUUCUACAGCUUUGAGUGGGAAAAAUAAAGCUUUGAGUGAUUUGUUUGGUAACCCGGAGGAGAGUUUUGCUAGGCUGUCAUCUUACUUGUACAUGUUACAAAGGAUGUAUCAUGACACCAUUACACGAUUAGAAGUGGAUGAGAAGAACCAGUUUAAGUAUAUGUUCUUUGCGCUCGGAGCUUGCAUCGAAGGGUUCAAGGCGAUGAGGCAAGUGAUAAUAAUGGAUGGAACUCACCUGAAGGGUGUAUACAAAGAAGUGCUUCUCAUUGCCACUGCUCAGGAUCCAGAUCAUCAUCAUUAUCCCCUUGCUUUUGCGGUAGUAGAUGGUGAGAAAAAUGCAAGCUGGGAGUGGUUUCUGACUAUAUUAAAAACUAUGAUACCAGAUGAUCCUCAGCUUGUAUUUUGUACUGAUAGAAACCAAAGCAUCAUCAAGGAAGUACACGAGGUUUACCCAUUGCGAUCCAUGGAUAUUGCAAUUAUCACUUGUCUAAUAAUGUCAGCGGAUCUUGCAGCAAUGUUAACAAGAAAGGGGUUGCCAAAAAAAUUAGAAAUAUUGCUGGUAUUUACAGUGAGGUGGAGUUCAGAAAAUGCUACAACGAUUUCAGGAAAAUGUAUCCUCAAGCGGCCGAGUAUAUAGAUGACAGUGUUCAUGAGACCAAAUAGGCAAGAUGUAAAUUUCCGGGAGAAAGGUACAACAUAGACACAACCAACACUGUUGAAUCUAUCAAUGGUGUUUUGAAGGAACCAAGGAAAUAUGCGUUGUUGACAAUGCUUGAUGUGAUCGUGGAAAAGAUAACAUAAUGGUUCAACAAAUACCGUCUAUUAUCUACGCGUACCAGAGAGGCAGAUACUAAUCCCGCAUGUGCAUGGGAUAUUGCAUUACAUAUAUCCUACGACUAAAAAGCUCAAGGUGACCGAGCUAAAUACAUUUGAAGGUCACUACAAUGUGCUUGGCGAGGAUGGUCACGGUUAUUUGGUUGAUUUGAGCAACAGAACAUGCUAUUGUAGGUAUUUUGAUAUUGAUCGGUAUCCUUGUGUGCAUGCACUUGCUGCCAUCACGGCGCGUGGAGAAAUGGCUGAACAUUAUUGUUCUAAGUAUUACUGGAUGGAAUAGUGGACUUUGGCAUAUUACAUGACAAUAUAUCCAGUGCCUCAUUAUUCAUCAUGGGAAAGUUCUGAAAUUCCUGAGGAAAUUCGAUCUUAGGUUGUCUUCCCUCCGUAUGUGGAGAAAAAAAAAAGAAGACUACAAGUUACAAGAUUCCCGUCUGCCGGAGAAUAUCGGAGAAAGAGAAAGAAGAAGUUUCCACCAUUGAUUGGUGAAAACGAAGAAAGUGGCAGUGAUGGCAGUGGCAGUAGUGGCAGCGAGGGAAAUUGGGACGAGGGAGCUGACAACGAAGGAAGUGGUAACGAAAAGAAUGAUGAAUGAGUUUUACUUGUUAACUUGUUAUGGAACUUGCUUAUGUGUUGUGGAACUUAUUUAUGUGUUGUAGAAUUUA